AUGAUAGAUCCAUGUAAAUUAAUCAACAAGUCAUGUGAAUACAGUUGUCGAAAUGGCAGUAAUGGAGCAGAAUGUUUUUGUGCAUCAGGGUACAAAUUAAAAGCAAACAACUAUUCUUGUGAAGAUAUAGAUGAAUGCAAAGAGAAAAUCUGUUCACAAAUUUGUAUCAACACAAACGGAAGUUUCAGCUGUUCAUGUUACUCUGGAUAUACUCUCAACAAGAAUGAUUUGCGCUCUUGUGACACAUGUCAAGACAACACCUAUGGUUACAACUGUAGCAAUACAUGCCAGUGUAAAGGACGGGCUGUAAGAUGUGACAAUGUUAAAGGCUGUAUCUGUCAGAGCAAUUGGAAAGGAGAAACAUGUGAAACAGAUGUGGAUGAAUGUGGUAUAAAACCUGAUGUCUGUCCUGUGGAUCAUAAAUGUAAAAAUACAGAAGGCUCUUAUACCUGUGACUGUCCUGUGGGUUAUGAAGAUAUAAAUGGAACAUGUAUUAAUAUUAAUGAGUGUGAAACAAGAAACAUUUGUCCUCAAACAUGCAUUGAUACACCAGGGUCAUUUAUUUGUGAGUGUAGAGAUGGAUUUUUAAAGCUUCCUAAUGGCACAUGUAAAGAUAUUGAUGAAUGUGAGAUUGACAAAUCUGGCUGUGAACAGAAAUGUAUCAAUGUCCCUGGAAGUAGCAACUGUGACUGUUAUCCAGGUUACAGGUUAAAAGAUGACAGGAAGACUUGUGAAAAAGAUGAUUUUGAUCCAUGUGAAAACUUUUACCUGAACUGCAGUCAAGGAUGUACUGUAACUAAUGGAAAAGCACAGUGUUUUUGUGCUAUAGGUUACAUGCUGAGUAAUAACCAAUUUGACUGUCUUGUUGUAUAA